AACAACCCAUCACCAACCUUGUCUUUCAGAUUAGUUUAAAAACGUGAUCCUUCAAUUAACACCCACAAAACACCUCUCUCUCUCUCUCUCUCUCUCAGGCACACACUCACACGGAGAGACCAUGGUGAACCUCGUAGCAGCACAGAGGCCAAUGUUAAUCGGCCUAAUGAAAAUGGCCGGGGUAGUACCCCACACAGUGGAGAUCGAGCCAGGCACUACCAUGAACUUUUGGGUUCCCAAAGAAACCAUCAACACCAAGCCCAAACAAUCCAAAGAAAAGCCCAAACAAAACAAGCCAGUGGUCGUGCUCGUCCACGGCUUCGCGGCGGAGGGCAUCGUCACGUGGCAGUUCCAGAUUGGCUCCCUGACGAAGAAGUAUGCGGUGUACGUGCCUGACCUCCUCUUCUUCGGCGGGUCCAUGACCGACAGCCCUGACCGGUCACCGAGGUUCCAGGCUGAGUGCCUGAGCAAGGGGCUGAAGAAACUGGGUGUGGAGAAAUGCACGGUGGUUGGGUUCAGUUAUGGUGGGAUGGUGGCUUUCAAGUUGGCCGAGAUGUGUCCGGACCUGGUUCAGGCCAUGGUGAUAUCGGGUUCGAUCCUGGCUAUGACUGACUCGAUAAGUAGUACCACGCUUCACGGUCUUGGGUUUUCUUCUUCUUCCGAGCUUUUGUUGCCUACUUCAGUUAAGGGUCUCAAGGCACUUUUAUCUGUUGCUGCUCACAAAAAGCUUUGGUUCCCUAAUAAACUCCACAAGGAUUUCCUUGAGGUGAGUUUCACCAAUAGAAAGGAGAGAGGUGAGCUACUAGAAGGUUUGGUGGUCAGCAACAAAGAUGCCACCAUCCCCAAUUUUCAACAGGAGAGAAUACAUCUUCUUUGGGGCGAGAAUGAUCAGAUUUUCAAGUUGGAGCUUGCCAAGAACAUGAAAGAGGAACUAGGAGAAAAGGCAACAUUGGAAGGGAUAAAGAAGGCAGGCCACUUGGUUCAUCUGGAACGGCCCUGCGCCUAUAACAGGUGCCUCAAGCGAUUCUUGGCUUCUUUGCAUGCUGCUCAUGAAGCCCAAAACUGACCAAAUUCAUCCCCCGGCCAGCCAUAUAUAAUCUUGUUUGCAGCAGCAUAUAUAUAUAGGUCUCGCAUGCAUGCUAAUUAAUUAAUCGUUUGUAUUGCAAAUUAUUUCCAGCCUUUUGUGCUUUGUUUGUUUGUUUGUUCUCUAAAUAUAAAUGCUUAUAUGGAGCUCGAAGAAGUGGUUUAAGGAACUUGAAUGAAGCUAGCUAUUUUUCAUA